UGUUAGCUGAUCCAUGGUUUCUUGUACAGACUGCUUGGGGUAGUAGAGAUGGUGCCGAUGACUACGACGCUGAGCGUAUGAAGAAACGAACGGAUGUCGAUCGCAUGAAACGACCAUAUUACCCGAAAUUUAUCACGCAAUAAUACCGGCUAGUGCCCACAUGCAUAAGGAUAGUGCCAGACUAUUCAAUUUCCCUGCUACGCUUUCCUCGUUUGCGAGGUUGUCGCUGGUUCGGUCUUAUUACCAAUAUGAUAUGUCCAUAAUUUCUACUCUGGUCGGGAGAACCAGCAAUAAUCUAGACACCACUUCCAUCAAUAUCCACCGGAUGCUCCGACUCGUGUUAACGAUGAGACGCUAUUAUGACACCGGACUCGAGAGAUUUCAUUUUACAUCACGCCAACCAAGUUUCCAGCAAAUUGGGAUUAUUUUCUCCAGCCAAUGUAUCCUACUGUUGUUCAUUCAUGUUCCCUACUCCCGCUCGACCCCGAUGGUCUAUUUAGUCUGGAUGAAGACACGCUAUUAACUAUAGUCUGGCGCCCGUGAGGUCUCGAAUCUCAGCAUUCUUACUGAGUUUUGCUCGGAUCUAGCCGAGCUCGAUAGUCUCCUCGCCCUGACUCAAAGGCAGUCAUAUACCCUUGAUGUAUAUUACAAGAGUGAUCUUUGCUCUUUG